AUGCUAACUUUUAAAGUCAUUUUACCAGAUCAAUCAUAAGGUUAGUAUCAAAUAUCUAAGACUUCCAUGAUCAAAGAAUUUGUCUAAAUCAUAUAGUUAUAGAAUUCUGAUAAGGAUUGGCACAAAUAUCAAUUAGAGUUAUAUUUAUUUGAUUAAUUACUUAAUGAAUUCGGAUCUGUAGAUAAAAUUAUAUACAAUCCGUCAACUGAUUAUUUAACAUUAAAAGUAAAGAAGGGAGAAAGAAUUAAAAGAUUGUAAACAUUCUUCUAUAGUGCUUUGGAUUUAAUAUAAAAAAAAACUGAAGAAGACAUGAUGGGACUUAAAAGGAUUUUUAGUAAAAGUUCUACAUUUCAUAUAUUACAAAAAUAAAAAAAAUAAAAAAAAGUAUAAUAAUUAUUGUCAUUUUUUGCGAUUGCUACCCUUAAAAUAAUUGAGCUUUCAAAAUAAAAAUCUUUAAAUUUUACUGAAAAAAUUAAAUAAUCAGAAAAAGGAAAUCGUGAAAUUUAUAGUUAAGACGCUAGUAGAAUUUAAUAAGAAGAGGAUCCAUUAAAAAAUAACAAUGAUACUGUAUUAGGAUUAUUGGAUCAUUUACCUUCUAUUUAAAAUUUUUAACAUAAAAAAAAUGAAACUUAACCUAAAUCUCUUAGUCCAGAGGCUAGAAAAUAUUUAGAAAGGAAAAAGAAAGCCAUUUAAAAUUUGAAAGAUCCAAUUUAAUCUGCAAAAGCUAAAUAGUUAGUUGUUGAAUUAAAGAGAUAAAGAAAAGAAAUUGAAGACAGAAAGAAUAAAUAAUUACAUAAUGAAUCUAAUUAAUUGGAAGAAAGUAUUGAGAAAUAUAAGUUGGAAGUAGAAUAAUAAAAAGAGUUUCUUAAUUAAGAGAAGCGAAUGAAGAUUAAAGAAAGAUUAUAAGAAAUGUAGAAACAACAAGAAAUAAAUUAAUAAAGAAAUUAAGAAUAAAAACAUCAUCUUAAUGAAUUAAAAAUUAAAUAUAAAGAGAAAAGGCAGAAAUUAAAAGAGAAAGAUGAAAUUUUAAACAAAUAAUAUUAUGAAGAUGCAAAGGUAAUUUUUUAAUAGAUUAUUAAAGUUAAAAUUAUAACAAAGGAAGAAAUUAGCAAUUCCUAUUAGAUUGGAAGAAAUAAAUAAACAUGAAGAGGAUUACUUAAAUAAGAAGCAAUUAUUAAAAUUAGAAAAGGAUUAGAAAAAAUUAGAAGAAGAAAUUUUUAUUUAAUAAGGAACUAAGUAAAUUUAUAAAGCUAAAUAAAUAUUAUAAAAAGUUAUGGAUUCAGAUUAGAAAUUUAAAAACAAAGAAAUUGUUGAAAAAUAACAAAAAUCUGAAAAAUUAAUGAGAAAAUAAAAAUAUGCAGAAAUAGUGAAAGAGUAUCAUAAACCAAAUAUCAAAGUAUAAACAGAUGUUUAGUUUAGUAGAGCAUUACAAAAUAAAUCUGAUAAUUCACUAUAAGAUGAAUAUGUUGAGUAUUUAAUAUAAUACAUAUAUAUAGCUUUUUGAAAGAAGGUGAUGCAAAAUAUAGUGCAUCAAAAGUAGACUCAAUUCGUAAUAAAUUCUAUAGAUAAACAUAAUAAGAAUCAGGUAUAAUAAAUUAUUAUAAUAGAGAGGAAUGUACAUAAAAUUUAAAACGUUUUAAAUCUAUAAAAGGUAAACAAAACAAAAGUCACAGAAUCAUUGUCGAAAGGCUUGGUACCUAGUUCUUCAGUUUAUUAUUAACCUAAAUCAAUGAAGAUUGAAAUUCAUUAAGAAGAAUAAUAAAAGAAGAAACCAAUAAAUUAUUUAAAAGAAUUAGAAUAAGAAAGAAUUAAUUAAUAAGCAAAGUUGGGAUAAUAAACAAGUAGUAGUGUACCAAAAUUACAACAUGAUUAUCGAUCAAUAAUGGAGAGAGGUAAACGGUAUGAAAAGGAGGCAUAAAGAAAAGAACAUCAAGCAUAUUAUUUAAAUGAUGAGAAAUUAAAAGAAGAGGCAGAUGACUUAUUUUUAAAGAGUGUUUAAGAAAAAAUAAGAUUCUUAGAGAAGAUUUGA